UGAGGCGAGGCCGCGCGCGGGGACACCCGACAUCUUGCUUCCCGCCUCGGCCAGGCGCCGCCAUCUUGUCCGCGUCCGGAGGAGGAAGGAGGAGGAACAUCCGGGGACCGGGCGGCGCCAUCUUGGACCGCCGCCCGUAGAGCAGCACGCUGCCAUCUUGUGACCCCUCCUCCCCACAUCCGGGUACCCGCCGCUCCUCCACCUUGGAUCCUUCCCGCUAAAAGAAGCCACAUCCGGGAUAGGCAGAGGGGGCCCAUGGCGGCCCCGACCCCCGGAGGGGGGUCCCCGCCGGCGGGCGCCCCGGCUCCCGCCCCGGCGCUGCAGCCCCGCUGGAAGCGGGUGGUGGGCUGGUCGGGCCCCGUGCCCCGGCCCCGGCACGGCCACCGCGCCGUGGCCAUCAAGGAGCUCAUCGUCGUCUUUGGGGGCGGCAACGAGGGCAUCGUUGACGAGCUGCACGUCUACAACACCGCCACAAACCAGUGGUUCAUCCCGGCGGUGCGGGGCGACAUCCCGCCCGGCUGCGCCGCCUACGGCUUCGUCUGCGACGGCACCCGGCUCCUGGUCUUCGGCGGCAUGGUGGAGUACGGCAAGUACAGCAACGACCUCUACGAGCUCCAGGCCAGCCGCUGGGAGUGGAAGCGGCUCAAGGCGAAGACCCCCAAGAACGGACCCCCGCCUUGCCCCCGCCUGGGCCACAGCUUCUCCCUCGUGGGCAACAAGUGUUACCUCUUCGGGGGGCUGGCCAACGACAGCGAGGACCCCAAGAACAACAUCCCCCGGUACCUGAACGAUUUGUACAUCCUGGAGCUGCGGCCCGGCUCGGGGGUGGUGGCCUGGGACAUCCCCAUCACCUACGGGGUGCUGCCGCCCCCCCGGGAGUCGCACACCGCCGUCGUCUACACCGAGCGCGAGAGCCGCAAGUCCAAGCUCGUCAUCUACGGCGGCAUGAGCGGCUGCCGCCUCGGAGACCUCUGGACACUCGACAUCGAGACGCUGACCUGGAACAAGCCCAGCCUCAGCGGGGUCGCUCCGCUUCCCCGGAGCCUCCACUCGGCCACCACCAUCGGCAACAAGAUGUACGUGUUCGGGGGCUGGGUGCCCCUCGUCAUGGACGACGUCAAGGUGGCCACGCACGAGAAGGAGUGGAAGUGCACGAACACGCUGGCCUGCCUCAACCUGGACUCCAUGGCGUGGGAGCCCAUCCUCAUGGACACGCUGGAGGACAACGUGCCGCGGGCCCGGGCCGGGCACUGUGCCGUGGCCAUCACCACCCGCCUCUACAUCUGGAGCGGCCGCGACGGCUACCGUAAAGCCUGGAACAACCAGGUCUGCUGCAAGGAUCUCUGGUACCUGGAGACUGAGCGGCCGCCGGCACCGGCGCGGGUGCAGCUGGUGCGGGCCAACACGACGUCGCUGGAGGUGAGCUGGGGCCCGGUGCCCACGGCCGACUCCUACCUGCUGCAGCUGCAGAAGUACGAGAUCCCGGCGGCCGCCUCGCCGGCGCCCGCCCCGGUGCCCUCGGUGCCCGCCAACCCCCCCAAGAGCCCCGCGCCGGCCGCGGCUGCCCCGGGGCCCCCGGCGGCCCCCCAGCCCCUGGGCCCCGUGGGGCUGACGCUGCUGCCGCCACCGGCCCCCGCCGCGCCGCCCACCACCACCCUGCAGGUGCUGCCGCCCGGCCCCGCCGCGGCCGCCCCGCUGCCCGGCGCCAGCGCCGCCCGCACCCCCGGCGUCCCCGCGGUGCUGAAGAUGACGGGGCCUCCGGCGGCGGCGGCGGCUGCGGCGGCAGCGGCGGGGCCGCCCCUGGUGACGGUGCGCUCGGCCGGGCAGCCCGGCAAGGCCCCGGUGACGGUGACGUCCCUGCCCGCCGGCGUCCGCAUGGUGGUGCCCACCCAGAGCCCCCAGGGCACGGUGAUCGGCAGCAGCCCCCAGAUGAGCGGCAUGGCGGCGCUGGCGGCGGCGGCCGCGGCCACCCAGAAGAUCCCGCCGGCCUCGGCCCCCACGGUGCUCAGCGUCCCCGCCGGCGCCACCAUCGUCAAGACGGUGGCCGUCUCGCCCGGCACCACCACGCUGCCCGCCACCGUCAAGGUGGCCUCCUCCCCCGUCAUGGUGAGCAACCCAGCCACGCGGAUGCUGAAGACGGCGGCGGCCCAGGUGGGCACCUCGGGGGCAGCCCCCACCACCAACACGGCCACGCGCCCCAUCAUCACCGUGCACAAGUCCGGGACGGUGACGGUGGCCCAGCAGGCCCAGGUGAUGACCACCGUGGUGGGCGGCGUCACCAAGACCAUCACCCUCGUCAAGAGCCCUAUCUCCGUCCCUGGGGGUAGCGCCUUGAUCUCCAACCUGGGCAAGGUGAUGUCCGUGGUCCAGACCAAACCGGUGCAGACGUCGGCGGUGACCGGGCAGGCGUCCACGGGCCCCGUCACUCAGAUCAUCCAGACGAAGGGACCGUUGCCGGCCGGGACCAUCCUGAAGCUGGUGACAUCGGCAGACGGGAAGCCUACCACCAUCCUGACGACGACUCAGGCGGGCGCCACGGCCACCAAGCCCACCAUCCUGGGCAUCAGCAGCGUCUCGCCCAGCACCACCAAGCCGGGCACCACCACCAUCAUCAAAACCAUCCCCAUGUCGGCCAUCAUCACCCAGUCAGGGGCCACCGGUGUCACUAGCAGCCCUGGGAUCAAGUCACCCAUCACCAUCAUCACCACCAAAGUCAUGACGUCAGGCACGGGGACUCCCGCCAAGAUCAUCACGGCCGUUCCCAAGCUGGCCACAGGCCACGGGCAGCAAGGAGUGACGCAGGUGGUCCUCAAAGGAGCUCCCGGGCAGCCGGGCACCAUCCUGCGCACGGUGCCCAUGGGGGGCGUCCGCCUGGUGACACCGGUCACCGUUUCGGCCGUUAAACCCACCGUCACCACUCUGGUGGUGAAGGGCACCACGGGCGUCACCACGUUGGGCACGGUGACGGGAACUGUGUCAACGAGCCUGGCCGGGGCCGGGGCCCACAGCACCAACGCCUCGCUGGCCACCCCCAUCACCACGUUGGGCACCAUCGCCACGCUCUCCAGCCAGGUCAUCAACCCCGCCGCCAUCACUGUCUCGGCUGCCCAGACCACCAUGACGGCCGCCGGCGGCCUCGGCACCCCCACCAUCACCAUGCAGCCCGUGUCCCAGCCCACGCAGGUGACGCUGAUCACGACGCCCAGCGGGGUGGAGGCGCAGCCGGUGCACGACCUCCCCGUCUCCAUCCUGGCCUCCCCCACCACGGAGCAGCCCGCCGCCACCGUCACCCUCGCCGACUCGGGCCAGGCCGACGCCGGGCCCGGCACCGUCACCCUAGUGUGCUCCAACCCGCCCUGCGAGACCCACGACACCGGCACCACCAACACGGCCACCACCACCGUGGUGGCCAACGUGGGCGGCCUGGCGCCCGCCGCCCAGCUCCAGUUCGUCUGCGACGGCCCCGACGGGCUGCCCCCCAACGGCAGCGUGGUCCGCGUCUGCUCCAACCCCCCCUGCGAGACCCACGAGACCGGCACCACCGCCACGGCCACCACCACCUUGGCGGCCGGGCCCCGGCCCUGCUCCAACCCACCCUGCGAGACCCACGACACCGGCACCACCAACACCCCCACCACGGCCACGGGAUCACGGCUCUGCUCCAACCCCCCCUGCGAGACCCACGAGACGGGCACCACCAACACCCCCACCACGGCCCUGGGCCGCCCCGGGGCCGGCAUGGCCACCGGCGCCCCGUGCCAAACCCAGCAGACCACGGCCACCGGCACCACCAUGACAGUGCGGGCCUUCGCGGGGCCGCGGGCCUGCGCCGAGAGCCACGAGGCCGCCGCGCGGCUUUGCGCCAACCCCCCGUGCGAGACCCACGAGACGGGCACCACCAGCACGGCCACCACCACCACGGCCGCAGGCCACCGGCCGUGCAGCAACCCCCCGUGCGAGACCCACGAGACGGGCACCACCAACACCCCCACCACGGCCCGGUCCUGCCUGGGCCGGGGGCAAGCGGAGCCGACCGGUGCCCCGUGCCAAACCCAGCAGACGACGGCCACAGGCACCACCAUGUCUGUGGCUGCCACCGGCCGUGCCCACGGGGACCGGAUGGGAGCCGAAAACCAAGAGUGCCAAACUCACCCGCUCAACCCGGCCGCGGGGCCGUGGCCGUGCAGCAACCCCCCGUGCGAGAUGCACGAGACGGGCACCACCAACACCCCCACGACAGCCAUGGCCACGCGGCUUUGCUCCAACCCGCCCUGCGAGACCCACGAGACGGGCACCACCAACACAUCCACCACCACCACGGCCGUGGGGUCGCGGCCUUGCGCCAACCCGCCCUGCGAGACCCACGAGACGGGCACCACCAACACGGCCACCACCACCACAGCGGCCACGACGUCGCGGCCUUGCGCCAACCCGCCCUGCGAGACCCACGAGACGGGCACCACCAACACGGCCACCACCACCACGGCGGCCACGACGUCGCGGCCUUGCGCCAACCCGCCCUGCGAGACCCACGAGACGGGCACCACCAACACGGCCACCACCACCACGGCGGCCACGACGUCGCGGCCUUGCGCCAACCCGCCCUGCGAGACCCACGAGACGGGCACCACCAACACGGCCACCACCACCACGGCGGCCACGACGUCGCGGCCGUGCCCCGAUCCCCCGAGCGAAACCCAGGAGCCCGGCGCCACGAACGUGGACGGCACCGCCGCAGCGUUGCGGCCGUGCGAGGUGGCGCUGCCGCCGCGGCCCCACGCCAGCCCCCCGUGCCAGCCCCCCGAGCUGGCUGCCGCCGUGGGGCCGCUGCCCUGCAGCAACCCCCCAUGCGAGACCCACGAGACGGGCACCACCAACACGGCCACCACGGCCACGGCUGGCACCAGCGGAGGGACGGAGCAGGGCUCGCCGCCCUGCGAGACCCACGAGACAGCGGCCACCGGCACCACCAUGACGCCAGCCGAGGGGGCCCCGCCGGCCCCUGGGGACGCCCCGGGGGUCCCCGAGAGCUCCCCCAGCCCCCUGCCCCUUCACGGCUGCUCCAACCCCCCCUGCGAGACCCACGAGACGGGGACGACCCACACGGCAACCACGGUCACCUCCAGCAUGGGUGCCAACCAAGACCCGCCACCGGCUGCCAAUGGGCAAGGGGAGUCGGAGCCCCCCCUGGGUGAGGGGGUGCCCCCCAGCACCCCCAGCCCCGGACCUAGCACCCCGGGGGCCACGCAGCCCCGGGCCGUCACCACCGUCACCCAGUCCACGCCGGCCCCGGGGCCCGCUGUCCCGAGCAUCUCGUCGCUGACGGAGCCUCCGCCGGCGCCGCCCGAGCCCCCGGCGAGCGACUCCCCGACGCCGGCGCCCCCCGAGCCCCCCGCCACAGCGGCGACCCCCCCGGGUCCCGCCACCACCCCGACGACGACGGCGGCGGCGGCGGCAGUGGUGGCCCCCCCGGGCUCACCGGAGCCCCUGGCCGUGGUGGUGCUGCCUCCCGGCCCCGCCGGCGGCGGAGGCGGCGAGGCCGAGGGGCUGGCGCUGCCCCCCGAGCUGAUGGCGGAGGCGCCCCUGGGGGGGCCGGCGGCGGCGGCCGGGGGGCCCCCGGCCCUGGUGGUGACGGGGCUGACCCCCGAGGAGCUGGCGGUGACGGCCGCCGCCGAGGCCGCCGCGCAGGCCGCCGCGCAGGCCGCCGCCACCGAGGAGGCCCAGGCCCUGGCCAUCCAGGCCGUGCUGCAGGCCGCCCAGCAGGCCGUCAUGGGCGCGGCGGAGCCCCUGGAGAGCGGGGAGCCCGGGGGGGGCCCCCCGGAGCUGGGCCCGCUGGGGGCCGAGGGCCCGGAGGGGCCGCCGGGGGCCAUCCCCAUCGUGCUCACGCAGCAGGAGCUGGCGGCCCUGGUGCAGCAGCAGCAGCUGCAGGAGGCAGCGGCGGCGGCGGCCGCGGCGGCGGCGGCGGCGACCCCCCCGCCGGCAGCCCCCCCGGCCCCCCCUGCCGCCGCGGCCGCCCCCGCCCCGCCGCCCGCCGCCGUCCCCCCGGCCGCCCCCCACCUCCCCACCGAGGCCCUGGCGCCCGCCGACAGCCUCAACGACCCGGCCGCCGACGCCAACGGCCUGGGGGAGCUGGGCCCCCCCGGCGGCCCCCCCAGCGCCCUGCUGCCCGCCCCUGCCGACGGCCUGGCUCCCUCAAACACUUUCGUGGCCCCCCAGCCCGUGGUGGGGCCGAGUCCGGCCAAGCUGCAGGCGGCCACCACCCUGACCGAGGUGGCUAACGGCAUUGAGGCCGCUCCGGUGAAGCCGGACCCCUCGGCGCAGCCUCCCAAGGUGCUGGCCAAGAAGGAGAACCAGUGGUUUGACGUUGGCGUCAUCAAGGGCACCAACAUGAUGGUGACGCACUACUUCCUCCCGCCCGAGGACGCCCCCGCCACCGAUGACGACUCGGGCUCGGUGCCCGACUACUCGCAGCUGAAGCGCCAGGAGCUGCAGCCGGGGACGGCCUACAAGUUCCGGGUGGCCGGGCUCAACGCCUGCGGCCGCGGGCCCUUCUCCGACAUCUCCGCCUUCAAGACCUGCUUGCCUGGCUUCCCCGGCGCCCCCUGCGCCAUCAAGAUCAGCAAGAGCCCGGACGGGGCGCACCUGACGUGGGAGCCGCCCUCGGUGACGUCGGGCCGCAUCGUGGAGUACUCGGUGUACCUGGCCAUCCAGGGGGCCGGCGGCGGCGGCGGCGGCGGUGGUGGCGGCGAGGCCAAGGGCGCCCCGGCCCAGCUGGCCUUCAUGCGGGUCUACUGCGGGCCGAGCCCCUCGUGCCUGGUGCAGUCGGGCAGCCUCUCCACCGCCCACAUCGACUACACCACCAAGCCCGCCAUCAUCUUCCGCAUCGCCGCCCGCAACGAGAAGGGCUACGGCCCCGCCACCCAGGUCCGGUGGCUCCAAGAAUCCAGCAAGGACGGCUCGGUGGCCAAACCAGCCAGCAAGCGGCCGCUCUCGUCCCCCGACAUGAAAUCCGCUCCAAAGAAGCCCAAGGCCGACGGGCAGUGAAGGACCUUGCGCCCCCCCCCACCGUGCCCCACACCGAGGUGGGGGUGGGGGGGGAGGCCCGGACGCCUGGGCCCCUCCGUGGCAGCAGUUGGGGGGGGGAUGUGGGGGGGAGGGGCCUUUUUUACCUGUUGCAGUUGCUGGAAUGAAGUUUUGUACCCCCCGCGCCCCCCCCCCCCCGGCGUGGGGCCCCCGGCCCCUCUGUACAGACCCCGCCGUGGGGCAGCUGGGGGGCGCUGGGGGGGGGGGAAGCUCUGCCCUCCCCCCGGCUCCCCCCUCACCUCGUGGGGUGGGGGGGUCCCGUGUAUUAUAGUGUAUCGGGGGGGGCUGCCCCCCGCCCCCCCCCCCCCGUGCUGUCCGUAUCUGUCGUUUUUGUGCUAUUUUGAACAAUUAAAGACAUUUUUUUGGAGUAAAAAUAAAA